UACACAUGCUGGCCGUGUACGAAACUAACAACAAACACUAAAAACGAGCUAAAAAACGUAUCAUUUAUGCGUAGUGUCCCAACGUACAAGGAAGUGAAAAACGCAAGUCGAAGCUUGAGGAAACAACGGAUGCAACCCUUUUCUUUAGCUCAUUUUGAGCAUACAAGCUAAAGUGGUAAAGAUGUCAGAUCUUUCAACAAGUAAGACGGUCAAAAAGAGGAAUGCUAAAGCACCAACCGAAUCCCAAAGGGUUGAAGACAUUGAUACCAAAAAGGAUAAGGUGCCAACCAGGCGUACGCCUAAACUCAAGCCACCUACAUUAUGGCAAUGGGUAAAAUUUGUCAUCAAGAUACUGAUUGUGUUGGGCAUAAUUGCUGGAGUAAUGAUUUAUAACAUGGAGUCACCAAUGACCCCUCAUAUCGUCAGUCUUCCAAGUCCUAGAGCACUAGAGGGCGCUCUUGAACCAAACACAAGGCUUUUAGAAGGCAUUAAGAUUCUGGAAGGAAAGAUCCGAGGUCCUGAAUGUCUAGCUGAGUAUAAAGGAAAACUUUACACAGGGACAUAUGAUGGUGCAAUAGUAAGAAUAACGAAUGAAUCUAAAAUGACAAGUGUGGCUAGACUUGGAUCCAGACCAUGUGGUUCUCCAGUGAAUGAGCCAAGCUGUGGGCGCCCUCUAGGGCUCCGUGUUAUUGGUAAUGAAAUCUACGUCAUGGAUGGGUACAAGGGACUAUUCCAGAUAUCAACUAGAGGAAAAGUUGACAACCUUGUUCCCAGUGAUCGUACAUAUGAACAACUCCCAAUCAAGUAUGGGAGUGACAUGGAGAAACUAAAAACCCCUGGAGGAAGUAAAGAUUUAUUUUUCAUUGAUUCCUGUAAGAAUAGGGAUUAUCGUCAGCAAGAUUACAUCUUAUGGGAAGCAGAUGGCUGUGGAAGAUUAAUGUGGUAUAACCCAGUCAGUAAGAUGAGUAACAUUGCUAUCAAGAUGCUGUUUUAUCCAACUGGAAUACAAUUCUCACCGGAUGAAGACUUCUUGCUUAUCUCAGAGGCAACUCGCUUCCGUAUCCUCAAGUACUAUUUUAAGGGCCCUCUGAGCGGUGAUUUUACCAUCUUCGCUAAGAACCUACCCGGUGCACCUAUGAAGAUUCGUCCUAGUGCAAGUGGAGGUUACUGGGUCGGUUUAUCUCAUGUCGGAGGUCGUAUGGGGUCAUUACCAAUUAUAGAUAUUCUCUAUGCAAGACCAUGGCUGAGGAGUCUUAUAACUAAGUUUGUUGAUCCUGUUACCCUCACCAAAUGGAUUCCAAAUUAUGGAAUGAUCAUAGAACUCGACCAGAAGGGUAAAAUAGUACAGAGUUUGCACGACCCUACUGGUGAAAUGGUAUCUUCCAUCAGCAGUGUACUUGAUACAGGUGAUGCAUUGUAUCUUGGCUCAGAGGAUAAGAACUACAUUUUGAAAAUAGGGAUGAAAGAUAGAAAGGAGAUGGGCAAGUCUACAAAAGCGUAGUCUUUAAUCAAGUGUUCUAAGUUUGUAGUUUCUUUUAUAUCAAUCUGGCCAUGUUAAUUUGAGUGUUAAAUUAUGGGAUUUCCCAUAGAACACAAACACCGAAAAUGCCUACCUAUGGGUUCAAAAUAUAUAGAGUGUAUGAACAAUUGUCCUUGUGUGUACAAUUUCUUUUUGUUGAAAAUAUUAUUUUGAAAUCAGUUUGUCUUUUCGCUUUGAUACAUAACAUUUUAUAUGAAAGGACUUUUAUAUGAAAAGACAAAAUCUAUUUUGGUGAAAAGCUUUAUUGAAUAAAAGUGAAUAUUGUGACUAAAUUAUUAUCAUAUUUUGUACUAAUUUUUUUCUACAUGAAUUAUAUAUUUUUGAAAGCAAGACGUCUUGUUAAAACAAGUUUUUCAUGAAGAUAAAGUGGGUCUUGAAUAACCCACUUUUUGUACUAAAUAUUGCAAUAAUGGUUAACACUAACACAGUGCUUUAUAUUUUUAUUUAACAAGUUUGUUAUUUUUGUUUAAAAAAAAGUUCAGAAUCAUUUUAGUGUAGUACUAUUAGUAUUAUGAAUAAUGAUUUUAAGCAGGCAUGCAACUUCCUGAACUUCUAGCAGAUUAGCUGAUUUCUUCUCUUUCUUCAAUAUUAUGUCCAAAGUGUUUCCUUAUUGUUUUAUAAUUAAAAAGUUUCAUGUUUGUUGAAAGAAUGACAAUUGUAAAACAGUUUUACAAAAACUGGAUGUUUCCCUCAUUGAACAGUGGAAUUUGCUCCAUUUGGAGCGAAUUAAUUUUCUUAUUUCCCCCAAUACUUUGUGUGUAUUUUGUCUCUGAAUAAAAAUUAAUUAAAGAUGAAAUAAAUGAUUGCUAUGUAUUAUC